UACAGCAAUGGAGGCUGUUGCAAUGCUCACUCCACCCUCUCUCCCACCGUCAUCCUCCUCUCAGAGUUCCCCCUUUCAGCAGAGAGGCAUGACUCAGCUGGGUCUGACUGUUCUCACAGUGACACUCUGCUGCUUUACCUCAGCGGGACAGUCAGCUGAAGACAGGGCCUGAAGUUUGAGAUAGUUUGACAGACACUGCAAGGUCAGGGUGAGUGGUCAAAGAGUGGCCACUUGCUUUCCUUUCAUUUAUAUUUGGUCCAGUUAAAUUUAGUGCCUCUACAACAUUGGCAAAGCAGGAGCAGGAAGAUACCAAGACUGUUUCAGCAAAGACGGUGAAGUUAACCUCGAGAAGAGACCUCUACUGUUAAAUCUAUCUAAUGGACAUAGUCUUGAGCUGAGCAUAAGCUGUGAUCUGUACCUUUAUCCAGGAUCUGUUUUCUUUGUUCUCACCAUGAGACGUGCAUAUCUUCUGUUUCUGGGUCUUCUGUUAUCCCUAACGACCAAAGCAGUCACUCAGAAUCAGAACUGUUCAGCAGGAUUUAUCAUUUAUGGCACAAGAUGUCAAGAUGACGAUGAGUGUGAGUCUAAAGAGGCAUACUGUGGCAAAAACGCACUUUGCCACAACACAAUUGGUAGCUACUACUGCCAGUGUGAAAAGGGAUACAAGGAACCUUCAGGAAAAGUUAAUUUCACUCUGGAGAACAGCAGGGGAUGCAAAGACAUCAACGAGUGUUUAGAGAUCACAGAUAUCUGCGGCCGCAACUCUAAGUGUAAUAACGCCCCUGGCUCCUAUUUCUGCACAUGCAAAGACGGAUUUGUUUCCAGCAACAGAGAGAAGAAAUCAAAUUCAAGCCAAGGUGUUACAUGUGAUGAUAAGAAUGAGUGUGAGUCUGAAAACCCAGUCUGUGGCAAAAACACAGUUUGUCAUAACACAGUUGGUAGCUACUACUGCCAGUGUGAAACAGGAUACCGGGAAACUUCAGGAACGGUUAAUUUCACACAGCACAACAGCAACAUAUGCCAAGACAUCAAUGAGUGUUUAGAGAUCCCAGAUAUCUGCGGCCCCAAUUCUGAGUGUAAUAAUACCAUUGGCUCCUAUUUCUGCACAUGCAAAGAUGGAUUUGCUCUCAGCAACAGAGAGAAGAAAUUUAAUGCAAGUCAAGGUGUUACAUGUGAUGAUAAGAAUGAGUGUGAGUCUGAAAACCCAGUCUGUGGCAAAAACACAGUUUGUCAUAACACAGUUGGUAGCUACUACUGCCAGUGUGAAACAGGAUACCGGGAAACUUCAGGAACAGUUAAUUUCACACAGCACAACAGCAACAUAUGCCAAGACAUCAAUGAGUGUUUAGAGAUCCCAGAUAUCUGCGGCCCCAAUUCUGAGUGUAAUAAUACCAUUGGCUCCUAUUUCUGCACAUGCAAAGAUGGAUUUGCUCUCAGCAACAGAGAGAAGAAAUUUAAUGCAAGUCAAGGUGUUACAUGUGAUGAUAGGAAUGAAUGUAUGGAGUUUGACAUUUGUGGACAGCAUGCAAAGUGUAAUAACACCAUUGGUGGACACUACUGCACAUGUGACCCAGGCUACAGGCUGCAGUCAGGACAGACUACCUUCAAUGACAGUGGACCUUGUGAACAUGUUUGUACGAUUGAUGAGUCCCUCUGUGGGGAAGGAGUCUGCAACAAGUCUGAAGAUGGCCAUGAAUGUGUGUGCAAGGAAGGAUUCACCAACUAUGGCUUCAAAACAAUGAAAUGCACAAAGCCAAAUUGUGGGUUUCUGUUACAGCUUGACCCUAAGGUCCAUCAGCUAGUACCAGUCAUGGAGGAGUUGAGGAGCAGCUGUGAGAAGCUGAGUGGAGAUCCAGUUAUGAGUAAGAGGGUGUCACAAGUGGACGGAAACACACAGUUAGAGAGGUUCCUGAAUGCUCUAGAUGAGCUUUUGUCUGCUGGGCCCCUAAGCAGUAACAAGAAAGUGACAACAGUGUUGGAAACAACUGAGAAUGUACUGAAACUGCUUGGACCCCAGCUAUCUAAUACCACCACAAGAAGUGUUCACACAGAGGUCAAUACAUUAGUCCGGAGAGAUGAUGCUCCCCCUCACGGGCCAUUCAUUUUGUCCACCUGUGACACACAGCUUGAAUCCCACUGGGAAACUGCAGCAGGAGAUUCAUACAUGGGAUUUGCUGCUGUGUCUCUACUGAGCUUCAAUAGUUUGGAAAAUUCAGUCAACAACUACUUUGACCAGAUAAAGACACAAGAAGAUGAAACACUCAAGAUAAACUCGAAAGUAGUUACAGCAGUGGUCACUAACCCUGAUACAGCACAGCUGAAGAAACAGAUCAUCCUCACCUUCUCUCACCUGCAGCAACCAUCAGACAGAAACCAAACGUGUGUGUUCUGGGACUCCUCUCUGGAUGGUGGUGCGUGGUCCACCAAGGGCUGUUCUGUGGUCAGCUCUAAUGCCAAUCACACAGUCUGCUCCUGCACCCACCUCAGCAGUUUUGCUGUGCUAAUGGCACUCCAUGAAGUGGAGGAUGUAUUUGAACUAAAGCUGAUUACAUGGGUGGGGCUCUCCCUGUCCCUCAUCUGCCUCCUCAUCUGCAUACUGACCUUUCGCUUCGUCCGCUCUAUCCAGAGCACCCGCACCACAAUCCACCUGCACCUUUGCAUUAGCCUCUUCAUUGCCAACCUCAUCUUCCUCGCUGGCAUCACUCAAACCCAGAAUGAGGUGGGCUGUGCAUUUGUUGCAGGUCUGCUGCACUUCUUCUUCCUGGCUGCAUUGUGCUGGAUGUGCCUGGAAGGUGUGCAGCUCUUCAACAUGGUAGUGCUGGUCUUCAACACCACAGUGAGACCACUCUACCUGAUGUUGGGCGGUUAUGGAAUUCCUGCACUCAUUGUUAUCAUAUCAGCCAGUAUCAAUGCUAGAGGAUAUGGCACCAAGCACCACUGCUGGCUCAACUUGAAGGGUGGAUUCAUCUGGAGCUUCUUCGGUCCUGUUUGUGUCAUAAUUGUUGUGAAUGUAUUUUUCUUCCUGAUAACUGUAUGGAAGCUGGCUGAGAAAUUUUCCUUCCUCAAUCAAGACUUGAGCAAGCUGCAAAAAAUCAAGUCAUUCACAGUCACUGCCAUUGCCCAACUUUGUGUGCUUGGCACCAUGUGGAUCUUUGGCUGUUUUCAGUUUGAGGGGGGAUCUCUGGUCAUGUCCUACCUCUUCACUAUCUUCAACAGCCUGCAGGGGGUGCUGGUGUUUGUCAUGCACUGCCUGCUCUCCAAACAAGUGAGAGAAGAGUAUGCCAGGACCCUGACCAGCCUGUGUGUACCACAGAAGAAGAAAUACUCAGAGUUCAGCACAAACCAGUCCAGCAAAUCUCAGGCAUCCAGGAGCGUCCAUCACACAGGAGAGUCAAACAUAUGAAGCAGGCCGGAUCCGCUCACCAGCAACGCUUUUCAUGUGCAAACAUGACUUUGUCUGCAGCCCCUCUGACCACCGUGGGUCUCAACCAAAUGUCGGUGAACAUAUUUGGCAUAAGCUCCUUUGUCACAUUAGCUUCUUUUAUAAUUGCCAAAGGUAGUCCAUCCAUGCAUAUGAUGCAGUAAGCUUACAUGUAACAGGAUUACAUGUCUGAAAGGACGUGGUAAUUUGUUGUGUUGUCUUAAACGGCUCAUAUCAUGUAAAAUGGUGGUUGAUGUAGUAGGUAAACAUUGUUUCAAAACGUACUAUCUACACAGUCCACAAAGGCCAACUAAUCUGCAAAAACAGUCUGUUUUGAAUUCAUUGUUUUUAUGAGGUCACAAAAACCAACACAGUUACAUAAAUCCACCUGUUCAACCUACAAGAGUGAUAAAGAAGGUUGGAAAACAGUCAUGUAGAAAUGAAUUACAACUGUUUUCGGUACAGAAAACCACAUAAGUGUUGUAGCAGGACCUCAGAAAAUUUACAAAAAAAAAUGUAAGAUAUUAGCCCUUUAAAGCAAAGAUUAAAAGCUAAAAUUAUGAGAGGAGAAGGUAUUAUUGUUAAUGUAUUCCAAGCUUAAUAUCAAAGAGUAGAUGCAGGCCAUUUUAAAAACCUCUUAAUUUUCAGUUAUAUUUGUAUGUCAGUCUGUGUGUUUUGUAAUAUAAAAGUAGAUUCUAUUGUAAUAUUUAAUGCUGAGCUUUAAGGCUGCUCUUGUAACUGAUGUCACUGGAUUACGGCAUUCUGGCCUGUUUAUAUUUUGUCAGUGUUUCUCUGCUGUACAGCAUAUCAGUGCCUUUUUCAAAGGUUUUUAUUUGCCAUUAAAAUAUUGAGUUGAGAAAAUGUGCCUGUGUCCUUAUACCUGUUUUGUGCCAAGAUCUGAAUGUUUUUAUGGCAUGCAUGAUUAAUGAAUUUUUAAUGUACGUCUGUGCUGAUGAUAACUACAGAUGUCUCUGUACUAAAAACGUUAAUAAAAAAGACUUCUAGA